CUGAAUCCCGGCAUGCUCACAGAAAGUCCAAUUAUUGCUAAUGGCGGGUAUUCUACAAAACAUGGGUAUUUUAGGCUAUUCUUUGUUAACCGCUUGUAUUACUCUGCAGUAAAGCUUGACUAAUUAAUAACCAGUUAUCGUUUUGAAUCCUCUUCAGGCAGAAACAGAGCGGAGGACUCAAAUAGCAGUGGCACCUGACUUUGUAACUCAUCAUGUGGCGGCUCUGUGAACUAAAGGCUCACUGAAGUGAGAGGGGAGACGUUUGUUUCAUUUUAAUUUUAGCUCUGAUCUUGCCUUAUCUAGUUCACAGAAACGUCCGUUUAACGUCUAUAAGUCAGUCGCUGAUGCUCAAACAACUUCAUGAAACGGAAAAAGAUAAACUAGUGGAUAAACUUGUCCGUUUGUUGGAGCCUUAUUCUCGCUGCUAAUAAACCGCGUGGAACAGAAAUGAGCAUGUUAAAACUGACCGUGUCAUUAUUAUUACUAAUAUUCGCUGUGCGAGUCGACGGUAACUCGAAACUGAAUAUUCCUAAAGUGUUGCUGCCUCUUGCAAGAAGUACAAGGAUUAACUUCACUCUGGAAACCACUGAAGGCUGUUACCGAUGGACUUCCACCAGGCCGGAGGUAGCCAGCAUCCAGGCUGUGGAUGAAGACAGCAGCAGAGGCUGCUCCCGCCAGGCUGUGCUGCAGGCUCUGUCCACCCAGCCCUCCAGACUCACUAGUAUCAUUCUAGCUGAAGAUGUUGUCACAGGACAGGUGUUGCGUUGUGAUGCCAUUGUUGAUGUCAUCAGUGAAAUCCAGGUGGUGUCUACAACCCGAGAACUACAUCUGGAAGACUCUCCACUGGCACUCAAGAUCCACGCACUGGACUCAGAAGGAAACACAUUCAGCACCCUUGCAGGGCUCUGGUUUGACUGGACACUAGUUAAAGAUGUAGGUGUGAAUGGAUACCCUGACUCUUACAGUUCAUUACGGGUGCUUAAAUUUUCAGAGUCCACUUACACUCCUCCUGCAUACAUAUCUGAAAUGGAGCGUGUUGGGAAACAGGGUGAUAUUAUUCUUGUGUCAGGAUUGAAAACGGGACAUGCUAAGUUGAAAGCCAAAAUACAAGAGUCACUGUAUAAGGAUGUGGCUGCUGCCGAGGUUAGACUGCUGAUUUUAGAGAACAUCCUGCUGAGCCCUGCACAUGACGUCUACUUGUUGGCGGGAACUUCAAUCCGAUACAAAGUCCUGAAGAUCAGACAGGGCAAGAUCACAGAGCUCUCUAUGCCUUGUGAUCAGUAUGAACUGCACCUGCAGAACAGUGUAGUCGGCCCUAAUGGAAACCCAAGUGAUGCUGUGGCCAGUCUGGAUCAAAGCAGCUGCACAGUUACAGCAGCUCAACUGGGACACAUCAAUGUGGUACUGGAUCAUAAGAGCCUUCGCAUGCAAGGAGUGUCUCGCCUGCCCAACAGCACGCUCUAUGUUGUUGAACCAGGAUACCUCGGUUUUAAAAUUCAUCCAGGGGACAGCUGGGUUCUUGAAACAGGCAGAGUUUAUGAUAUUCACAUUGAAGUGUUUGAUAAAUCCGGCAACAAAAUUUAUCCCUCUAAUAAUGUCCGUAUCAAAACUGUUUUUCCCACGGAGUAUUUUGAAAUCCGGGAGUCUUCUCUGAAUGGAUCAUAUCAUCACGUCAGAGCACUCAAACAGGGCUUCAGUCUCAUUGAUGCCACUCUCAAAGCUGUUGAGGAUGAAGGUGGAAGGGUCCAUGCACUUGCCAACCCAGUUCACAAUGAACAGGAUGUUGAGAUAUACAAUCCCAUAGUUCUUAGUCCAAGUAUUCUCACAUUUCCUUGGCAACCCAAAGUUGGAGCCUACCAGUACACAAUAAAGGCGACAGGUGGGAGUGGAAAUUUCAGUUGGACGUCUUCCAGCACAGCUGUCGCCACGGUGACUGUGAAAGGAGUGAUGACCACAGUCAGUGACAUUGGUGUCAGCAUAAUUUAUGCUCACGACCUCCGUAAUCCAUUACACUUUGGUCAAAUGAAGGUGUAUGUUGUUGAGCCUGUUGCCAUGGACUUUAGUCCUUGCCCAGUAGAGGCCAGGGUCGGUUCGGUUCUGGAUCUGCCCCUCAGGAUUUUCGGCUUAUUGGAAGAGUUGGAGAAUGAGCGGGUCAUGUUGAGCGACUGCUCCCACUUUGAUCUGCUGGUCGAGGAGGAGCACCAAGAUGUCUUUGAAUUGCUGGAUGGGAGGCUGGAUCCAGGCCAAGAACACUGCAGUGGAGUGAGAGCCAAGGCUCUUGCUCCCGGCUACACCGUUCUCACGGUCAGCUACACUCAUGGCAACGUUCACCUAAGUGCCAAGAUCACCAUUGCCGCCUACCUUCCUCUCAGAGCAGUUGAUCCUGUAUCUGUUGCUGUGGUUACUCUGGGAUCAUCUAAAGACAUGUUAUUUGAGGGUGGCCCACAGCCAUGGAUUUUAGAGCCCUCAAAGUUCUUCUGCAAUUCCAGAGCUGAGGAUGAGUCUAGCAUGAGUCUUGCACUGAUUACUUCCUCAUCUCACAACUAUAAUCAGCACUGGGUCAGAGCAACCUGCAAGGCCCUGGGAGAGCAGGUGCUGGAGGUGACAGUGGGGAACAAGGCCAGUGUGACCAAUCCUUACCCUGCCAUUGAACCAGCUGUGGUCAAGUUUGUGUGUGCUCCUCCAUCACGCCUCACUCUCAUCCCAGUUUAUUCCAGUCCACAGCUGGACCUGACCUGUCCACUGCUCCAGCAGAACAAACAAGUGGUACCCGUAUCAAAUUACCGUAACCCCAUCUUGAAUUUGGCUGCUUUUGAUGAUCAAGGAAGGAAGUUUGACAACUUCAGUUCACUAAACAUGUUGUGGGAAUCAUCAAAGAGUUUACUGGCCAGUAUUGAACCCACUAUGCCAAUGGAGCUUCAGCUGCACGAGGAUGGCAACAAACAGAUGAAGCUUCAUGGACGUCAGACGGUUCUUGUCCAUCAACAGACGGGCGUCGUUGCAGUUACUGUGACAGCUGUUGGAUACCAGGGUUCACAUCUGGCAGCCGCCAAAGUUCUCCGUCCAUAUGCAACUUUGACACCAGUCUCAGCGACACUGGAUCUUCUGUUAGUUGAAGAUGUGACUGUUUCUCCUGGAUCAUUGACCAUAUACAACCACCCAGAUGUGCGGGGUAAUCUGACCUUGCGAGAGGGCUCCGGGCACUUUUUUGUCAAUACCAGUAUGAAAGGGGUUGCAGGUGUGGUUUUCCAGAAGAUCGAAGGCACAGCUCAGGUCUCUCCUCUUCAUCCAGGCACAGUGAAGGUGAUGGUUCACGACCUUUGCCUGGCUUUUCCAGUCCCUGCCAAAGCCACAGUUCAUGUUUCUGACAUCCUGGAAGUUUAUGUGAGAGUUGUAGACAAGGUGGAGAUUGGCAAAUCUGUGAGAGCUUAUGUCAGAGUCUUGGAUGAUAAUAAGAGGCCUUUUUCGGCAAGUUAUUUCAAGUUUAUGAAUCUUAAAGUGAAGGCAGCUUCUGCAAUAGUGUCUCUCAGGCCAUUAGCAGAGUCCACAGAAAAUGAUACUGCUGUUUUCCUGGUGAAAGGAGCCUCUAUAGGCCAGACCACUCUGUCAGCCGUCAUCAUUGAUAAAAAUGGGAGAAAAAUUGCUUCAGCUCCUCAGCAAAUUGAGGUAUUUCCACCAUUCAAACUCAUCCCAAGGAAAAUGACUCUGUUAAUUGGUGCAAUGAUGCAGAUCACUUCUGAGGGUGGCCCUCAACCUCAGUCCAAUAUCCUUUUCUCUAUUUCUGAUGAGAAAAUAGCUUUUGUUAAUGCCAUGGGCCAUGUCAGGGGUCUCUCCGUUGGUAAUAUUACAGUGAUGGGACUGGUGCAGGCGGUUGAUGCGGAAUCUGGGAAACUAGUUGUCAUAUCUCAGGAUCAAGUAGAAGUUGAGGUUGUGGUUCUGACAGCCAUUCGAAUCAGAGCUCCGGUGACAAGGAUGAAGACAGGAGCAGAGAUGCCUGUGUAUGUGAUGGGGCUGACCAACAGUCAGACACCCUUCUCCUUUGGCAGCGUUCAACCGAGUCUCAGCUUUCACUGGUCCAUCACCAAAAGAGACAUUCUGGAUAUCAGACCUCGUCACACUGAGACGAACAUUGAACUACAGUCAGAGCACAACUUUGGCAUGAGGGUGACUGGAAAAGCCAGAGGCCGGACAGGGCUUAAGGUGGUUCUCCGAGUUUCUGACCCUACAUCACAGCAGUUACAGAGAAAUCAACAGGAGCUGAGCGAUGAAAUCCAGAUCCAGGUCUAUGAUAAGCUGCACAUGCAUAAUCCUCAAGUAGAAGCUGAGGAGUUAUUGAUGGCUCCAAAUUCAGCCCUCAAACUCCAAACUAACAGAGAUGGUGUGGGUGCUCUCUCCUACCGAAUUCUUGAUUGCCCUGACCAGACUGUUAUUGCUGAAGUUGAUGAUAAGGGCCUGCUCUCCUCUGGAUCUCUCACUGGCGUCUCGUCUCUGCUCAUCACAUCACAAGAGACCUUUGGUGUCAAUCAAACCCUCAUCCUCACUGUAAAGGUAGUUCCUGUGUCUUAUCUUCGCCUCAGUACCAGUCCAGUGCUGAACACACUGGACAGAGAAGUCCUGACUGCUUUACCCCUGGGAAUGCUGCUCACCUUCACUGUCCACUUUCAUGCCAGCACCGGAGAGGCCUUGCACAGUUCCAGCUCCGACCUUACCUUUUCUACCAACAGAGAUGACCUCGUGCAGGUUGGGCUUGGGCCAAAUAACCACACGAUAACAGUGAGGACUGUGAAUGUAGGUCUUACACUUCUUGCGGUGUGGGAUAGUGAAAACAUGGGUGUGGCGGACUAUGUUCCACUUCCUGUUGAACAUGCCAUCCGCAUAGAUGGGGCCAACAAACUGGUGGUGGGAGAUGUGGUCUGCUUACAUGUCCAAUUAACUAGCCCAGAUGGUGUUUAUGGUACAUGGAGCUCCUCUGCAAAUGGUGUUCUUGAAGUGGACCCUAAAAGUGGGGCAGCUGUAGCCAGAGACUCUGGUACAGCCACUGUGUACUAUGAGAUACCUGGUGUAUUGAAAACGUACAGAGAGGUCAUAGUGGAAACCCCUGCCAGGACAGCAGCUAUGGCACAAGCUACACCUGUCAAGACUGGCAAGGAGACGAAGGUUCUAAUUACCUCCAGGGAAAAAGGAACUAACCUGAUUGGAACCUGUUCCUCUGCCCAAAUUGAAGCUUUUUCACAGCUGCAGCCAGAAACGUCUGUGAGCUGCCAUCUCAGUUUUACCAGUGACGCGGUUGACUUUUCUGCUAAUGAUGUCUUCAAAACGCACGUCGGUUUUGACUCCAGCAUAGGCCUUUAUACAUGCUCCGUGACAUUGCAGCCCACGACUGACCAGCAGACCCGUGUGCUCAGUAUAUCCAUGGCCAAUCUGCUGGUGAAGGCAGGCCUGGUAGGCGCUGCAUUUGCUGGAGACCAAGUCAGUGCCAGGCUGCCCAUAGAACCAGGCCUGUACUCCGACCAGACUGAGCUGCUGCUUUCAAACUUGCAUCCAUCGGCUGAAUUUACCAUCUAUGGCCCCAUCACUGCUAUAUCCAACAUGGAGGUGGUCUCUGCAUCUCCCAACAUUGCUAUUCAAGAGAAGGAAGUCUACCAUGGCUUUCCCAGUUUCUCAAAGUACACUAUCAGUGCCGUGGACCCACAUGCAACAGCUGUGGCUUCUAUUACCAUAAGCAGCUCUGCUUCUGGACAGAGUCUCGUCAUCCCUGUCACUUUGAUGCAUGUAGCUGAUCCCAACGCUGUCAUGAAAGCUACUCCAGUUGGUAUCACAGAAGAGGGGCACUCCCUGCACAGCUUCAUAAACUCCUACCAGAUGAUGUUCUGCACCUUGUUCGCUCUCCUGGCUGGUACAGCAAUCGUCAUCAUCGUGCUCCACUCCUUUUUCUCUCCAAGAGAGCAGCCAUAUCACCCCGCUUUUAUUCAGAGGACACCACCGCCUGCCACAGGUUUUGACUCUCCAGUAGCGAAUUCCUUCAACCACCGGAUACCCAGGACCGAGCCGAACAGCAGUCCCAGGUCUCGUCUCUACUCUCCAGGCUAUAAAUCCUGAAAAGGGAUUUCUAAAUGAUUUAAAAUAAGAUCACCGUAGGCCAUUAAUGGACACAGACCGCGCUGUUGUUCCUCAACAUAAAUGUUGUAGGAUGUGAAGUAAAUCUGUGUUUGAUUUUUUUAUUUUUGAAUGUUGGUACUAAAGCUUAAGAGAAACUUUGUUUAAAAAAAAAAAAAUAAAUAAAUAAAAAAAAAUUAAAAGAUUGUCAUAGGGCUAUUUCCAAUUUUCUUUGUAUGUUUUCGUAUGGCGCAUGUGUGUGUAUAAAUAAGUUUAUAUAUCUGUACAGAAAUACAUAAGCGGUAUGUAUUUUUGCAGUUUGCCAUGGAAAUAGUUUUUGUACAAAGCCACUUCAUUAUUGACUGACAUGUUUUGAAGAAUCCAAACCAAAUCAGUAAGCUUAUGGUUUACAAAAAUGUGUUUUUUUUGUGUGUGUGUUUGGCAUUUAUAUGUGUGCUACUUAUAUUUAACCUGUAAAAGUUGGUGACUCAGGAGAAAUGGCAUUCUUGUUUGACAGAAAAGAAACUGAAACUUUUCUGAGCUUAAAAUGACCUUUUUCAUGUAGUAGUUUAAUUUGUUGAAAAGCUCUGAAUCCAUCCACUGAAUCCAUCCUUAACGGUGAAAACCCUUUCAGGUGUGUAAAACCCCAACUUUGAAAAGGUUGGUUUGUUUCAUAACUGGGCAUUUUAAAGGGAAUUGAACUUCCCAGUUCUUCAACCUGUCUGCCUUUUUGAGCCACGGUCCAUGCAACAUGUUUGAUUAAUGUGAAUAGGCUACAAAAUGUGAACAGUCAUUGAGUUUUCAUCUACUGUUGGUGUUUGUUCUGUCCAAAAACACCCAAAUGAACCGGCCUCAUUUCUGCAAAUGUGACUUUUCUCUUUCUGUUCAUUUGUACGUCCUAUAUUUCCACAAAGAUGACAGUAGCAUUGUUGAAUAGCUGUGACAUCCAGGUUUUUUUUUAAGCAUAUGACUGAUAAUUUUGUGAUGGAUUUGUAUUUGUUUGAUCAGUUGUAUCUGAGACUCAUGGCCAUGCCUUGCUAUCAUAUCCCAAGAGCUUUCAGUAGAUGAGACGAUUGUUGCUUGUGUGAGAUUUGCUUGCCUUUUGCUAAUUAAAGUUUUUAUGUUUUAUGUUCAUUGUUUGUUGAAUCAGAAUGAUAUAUCAAAAACAAAUUUGUCUGAAAGAUUUACUGUUAAUUAUUUUAUCUUCACAAAGUGACAUUUACAAGACUUAACAUCUUCCAACAAAGAUGACGUGGCCUAUGGAAGGACUUUGGUGAAAUAUGGUUUGUGAAUGUCAAAUACAGCUGGAACCUUAAACUGAAAA